AUGACUCUGCCCUCGGCAAACGCUCUUCUCUCUCGGCAGUCGACGGACUACUCCAACACUGUCGCUGCAUGCGUUGAGACGGACGGCUGCGUCGGCGUCACUAUCUGGGAUUGGACGGACAAAUACUCCUGGGUCCCGGGUACCUUCCCUGGACAAGGUGCUGCGUGCCCCUGGGAUGAUUAUCCGGUGAAGAAGCCUGCUUACACCUGUAUUUUGACUGCUCUGGGUGGCAGUGGGUCGGUGACUACUACUGCCACUGCGGGCUCAACUGCCACGAAAAGCUCGGGGUCCAAUGGCUCGACAGGGGUCGCUCAGCAUUGGGGCCAGUGCGGUGGUCUGGGCUGGACUGGAGCGACGGCUUGUGCCGAUGAAUAUACUUGCACCUAUUCCAAUGACUAUUACUCGCAGUGUAUGUUGUCGAGUAACUCUGAUGGGAUACGGGAGCUUAUCAGAUUGAACCUUACCGGAGUAAUUUUCCUCCAUUAUCGCACCAAUGUUACUUUCGCAUUCAGAAACUAUAAGUGGACAUGA